GGCCGCCGCCCGGACACCGCAGUGCGCCCCUUAGCUGGCGACUGUGUCCCACGGGGCGCCGGUACCUGUGUGAGGCGAGGCGGACGCUAUGGCGGCCGAGGCCCUGGCGGCGGAUGCCGUGGCGUCGCGCCUGGCGCGGCAGGAGGAGGACAUCCGCUGGCUGUGGACGGAGGUCCACCGCCUGAGAGACGAGCAGCUGAACGCGCCCGACCGCUGCCAGGCCGAGGGGCCGUGCCUCACGCGCGAGGUGGUGCAGCUGCGGGCCGAGAACCGCGAGCUGCGCCACCGCCUGUACCGCCUGCGGCUGUGCCUCGCGGAGGAGCUGAGCCACCAGGCGCGGCGGGAGAGCGCGCUGCGGCAGGAGGCCGGGCGCGGGGCUGCGGGCGCUCAGCCUCCUCCUAGUCAGAGCCAAGGAAAGGACAUUAAAAAGAAGAAGGAAAGCGGGCCUGACAGUGAGGUGAAGAAUCCACCAAAUUUUGUGAAGGAAAGAUUGAAGCUUUUUGAAAUACUGAAGAAAGAUCAUCAGCUCUUACUUGCCAUUUAUGGAAAAAAGGGGAAUACAAGCAAUGUGAUCACAGUAAGAGUGGCUGAUGGGAAAACAGUGGAAGGGGAAGCUUGGAAAACAACACCUUACCAAGUGGCUGCUGAAAUUAGUCAGGAGCUGGCAGAAAGCACAGUGAUAGCCAAAGUGAAUGGGGAGCUGUGGGACCUGGACCGUCCGCUGGAAGGGGACACCACCCUAGAGCUGCUCACGUUUGAGGACAAGGAAGCCCAAACUGUGUACUGGCACUCCAGUGCCCACGUCCUCGGGCAAGCCCUGGAGCUCCACUACGGGGGCCUCCUGUGCUGCGGGCCACCUACCGACUGCGGGUUCUACUACGACAUGUUCCUCAAAGACAGGGCCGUGUCCAGCACAGAGCUGCCAGCGCUGGAGAGCACGUGCAAGGCCAUCAUCAAAGAGCAGCAGCCUUUCGAAAGGUUGGAAGUCAGCAAGGAGGCCCUGCUGGACCUGUUUAAGUACAAUAAAUUUAAAUGCCGCAUCCUGAAGGAGAAUAUUAACACGCCAACGACCACAGUUUACAGGUGUGGUCCACUAGUUGACCUUUGUAAAGGCCCCCAUGUAAGACACACUGGAAAAAUUAAAGAGAUAAAAAUUUUCAAGAAUUCCUCAGCAUAUUGGGAGGGUAACCCUGAAAUGGAAACGCUGCAGAGGGUCUACGGGAUAUCCUUUCCUGAUGACCAGAUGAUGACAGCCUGGGAGAAGCUGCAGGAGGAGACCAAGACCCAGGAUCACAGGAGGAUUGGGAAGGAACAAGAACUUUUCUUCUUCCAUGAUCUGAGUCCUGGAAGCUGUUUCUUUCUUCCCAGAGGAGCCUUCGUUUAUAAUACACUUAUGGAUUUCAUACGAGAGGAGUACCACCGACGCAGCUUCAUGGAGGUGCUCUCCCCCAACGUGUACAGCAGUAAGCUCUGGGAAACCUCUGGACACUGGCAGCAUUACAGUGACAACAUGUUCACCUUUGACAUUGACAAGGACACUUUUGCCCUUAAACCCAUGAAUUGUCCGGGGCACUGUCUGAUGUUUGCCCAUCGUCCACGAUCUUGGAGGGAAAUGCCUAUUAGAUUUGCUGACUUCGGAGCUCUUCACAGGAAUGAACCGUCAGGAACUUUACAUGGCUUGACCCACGUCAGGCGCUUCCAGCAGGAUGACGCUCACAUCUUCUGCACUGUGGAGCAGAUUGAAGAAGAAAUAAAAGGGUGUUUGCAGUUUUUGCAAUCCGUUUACUCAACAUUUGGCUUCUCCUUUCAAUUAAAUUUGUCAACAAGACCUGAAAACUUUCUAGGGGAGGUUGAGAUAUGGGAUGAAGCUGAAAAGCAACUACAGAAUAGCUUGAUGGAAUUUGGGAAACCAUGGAAGAUGAACCCGGGAGAUGGAGCAUUUUAUGGUCCUAAAAUUGAUAUAAAAAUCAAGGAUGCUAUUGGCAGAUACCAUCAGUGUGCUACAAUUCAGCUGGACUUCCAACUGCCUGUAAGAUUUAAUCUUACAUAUGUUAGUAAGGAUGGGGAUGAUAAGAAGAACCCUGUGAUCAUUCAUCGAGCCAUUUUGGGGUCAGUGGAAAGAAUGAUAGCCAUUCUCUCAGAAAACUAUGGAGGAAAAUGGCCUUUCUGGCUGUCUCCUCGUCAGGUAAUGGUCAUCCCUGUGGAGCCAACUUGUGAAAAAUAUGCACUUCAGGUAUCCACUGAAUUUUUUGAAGAAGGAUUCAUGGCUGAUGUUGACUUAGAUCAUAGUUGUACACUAAAUAAGAAAAUACAAAAUGCACAGCUGGAUCAGUAUAAUUUUAUUUUGGUCGUUGGAGAAAAGGAAAAGACAAAUAAUGCCGUAAAUGUUCGAACAAGAGACAACAAAAUUCAUGGAGAGAUUUCAGUAACUUCUGCCAUUGAUAAAUUGAAGAAUCUCAAGAAAUCACGUACCCUGAAUGCUGAGGAAGAAUUCUGAAGUCCUUUCCUUGUGCUCACAUCUGUGUAACCUUGUUCUGAACCCUGAACAUGCAUUUUCCUUAAUUACCAUUCAUACUUCUGAGAACUUAGGACCCACUAUCUGGUCCACUGAUGGGCACAGUGAGAAGUGAGAUGGGGAAUGAGUGGCUGAUAUGCACAAAAUCUGAUUCACUAAUGUGUCUGCGGACAAUGAGAGGACAAGUGUGGGAAAUUUUAAAUUUCCCAAAUAUCUUGAGAGACUUCAAUGGGAAAAUGUCAUUCAUCAAAGAGGGAAAUACUAGGAAAUGAGCAUUAUGAGAUGUUACUGUUAAGAAUUCUGAUUUUCAAAAGAUAAGUUUCAAAAGUCUGCAAAGCUUUUUGAAUAUGGGGUGAUAUCUUAUUUUCUAAUAACAUUAUGCCUCAGGUAUUUUUUAACUGAAGUUUUACUAAAGUUCGCACUGAAACUUUAUUUUUCUUAUUUUUGGCUACACCCCACAGCAUGUGGAACUUCCCUUACCAGGGAUCGAACCCAUGCCCCCUGAAGUGGAAAAGUGGAGUCUUAACCUCUGGACCACUAGGGAGGUCCUGAAACUUUAUUUUCAAAAUCAGAAUCAAUUUGUUUUAACCAACCAACAAUCACAAAAGAGGAAGCUAGUACUAAAUAUUGGAUUACUAACAAAGGAUUCUGAACUCAAAGAAAUUCAGUGUUGUGCAAAUCUUCUGUAGUUUCCACUAUAGGAUAAGAGUUGCCAUUUUAAUGCUUCUAAAUGACAAUUGAACCUUAUUUAUCUUUAGAAAAAAUAAACUCUCAAAUAAAAUGUGUUAUGUAGUGCUUCCAGGGUUUCACCUAUAGGUUUAUACCAUAAUAAUUUGCUCCCCUAGAGUUAAAUUACUCUUCUGAUGGGAUGACAUUCCACUGAUUUACAGACUCAAGUGGAUUUCUGAUUUUAACUGAGAAGAAUACCUUACUGCUCAAAACAAUUAAAAUGGCUUUAUGUCAGUAGUGAAUUUAGCUACCAAUCAAGCAGUAUUUUUUGUGUUUAUUUGGUUAUGUGCUGUGGAAUUCAAAAUAAAUUUAAGACCUGC